AUGGCAAAACAUGUUACGUUUUUAUAUCUACACAAAUGUAGAGAGAAAAAAAAAAACAAAAAAUAUAUUUACAUGAAUUUUGUCACCAAGGGGGGAAAAAACAAAUCCCUCUCUUUACACAAUUUGCCGCAUCACAAGCGAAGCCAAAAAACAAUAGCCAUCAUUCCCCCCAUUUAUAAAUACAUUGUCCAGGAUAGCCUUGUUAUGGAAAAUUUGGGCCUCUCCAAAAAAAACAAACUCAAUAAAACGGCAGAAAAAGACAUCCUCCAGAAGCAGCAGAAGCGCCUUCCCUACAUCUACUACCUAAUUCGAACCUCCAUUCACGACUCGCCCUAUCUGAAUUUCUUUCUGUUUUUUUUUGUGAUAUCCCUGUUCUCCUCCUUGUUGACCAUCACGAAUAUAGUGGAUGUCCCCCUUUUGUCGCAAAACUUGCAAGAAACGCAGGGGAAAAUAUCCCCAUGCAGGGAGGGAAACCCGCACCAAAUUCUGCACACGGUUUCCAUUUUGAAACACAACCAAAGUGGAAUAUAUAAGAAGCUUUCACAAAGCAAUGUGUGA